AUGUCGCUGAAUAUCUAUAUUGCUCAUUCCGGCGAGCAUUUGCUGGCGGAUCCGGUCGCUUCUGCUUCGCCGGAUUCUUUGAAAACAUGGAUCGUUCGAAAUACCUCGAUUCCGAUUGCCAGGCAGAUCUUGAUGACUGCCCGAGGGAAGAAUGUCAAGACCCAGACGCUCGCCACCGAGACCGAGAUCUUUGUCUAUGACCGGCAGUACGUGAGCGAACCCGCCGACUUCGAGCUCCCCGAGCUUCCUGCCCUGGAGCCAUUCCAACCACAAAGCCCUCCGGCCUCGUUGACGGACCAAAACGACCUACAAUCAUGGCGGAAUUUGUUCAUGACAAGGAGAACUUGGGCGCUGGAUCUAUCUACUCGCUGUGGAACGAUGGACAAGAAUGUCAAGGAGCAUAACGAGCGGACUGAUGUCAUCAACCGCGCCGUGGGUGUUGCCUUGGAGAACCUCAAAUCACACGUGGGAACCUUGGAGCAUCGCUUCCAGGAGGCACAGACAUGGGCCAAUAAUUUACUUGAGGAGCAGCAGGCUGCUCUCGACGGCUGGCAGCGUGCUCUCCAGUCGCUGGAGAAUAUCCCGGCUCGGAAGGACUUCCCCAUGCUCGGGCGCCCAUCCACCCCUAAGAAGGAUAAAGAUCAGCCUACAGGAACGUUGCGUGACUUUAUCGAUCUCAAUGAAGUUCAGCAAGCUGGCUCGGAUGCAGCAGUCGUAUCUCCACGCUUUGCGGGACAGGCUCGGGACCUUGAACAGGCCGUCAGUGAUAUCGCCUCGGAUACACAGGCUUUGGUGGAUGAGGUGGUUGUCGCAUCUGCGGAUGGCGAGGAUGGGUUGCUUGAGGAAGUGGAAACUCUUGCAAAGAAGAUCGGUUCCGAUUACGAACAUGUGCUCGGCUUGCCCAAUAAUCAGAAGAUGCUGGCCAACGUGUCUCGGCUUGCGCUGAACCAUACUCAGAAUCUUCUGCCGUCAUUGUUGGACCUCAGUGGCGAUCUCCAUCAUGCCUUGCAGCAAGCAGUUCGCCGACGCGCCGCUGCUGAGAAGACAGCCUUGCAACACAUGCGCACCAUCUCGUUCAUCGAGUCACGCCUUGCCGACGCUCAUGCGCAGCUUGUCAACUUUGGGAUUGACAGCAAUGCAUUUGAUAUUCUCUAUGCUGUGUUCCAGAUGCCAAUGAUUUACGGAUCGGUUCUCAUUGAGUCGGCUCGGCGGCGUGAAUGGAAUGAUAAAAUCAAGAGCGACUCGUUGACCCUGGCCGAAGAGAUGGCCGUUUUGAGAGAUGAAGAACAGCGCCGCCGGAAGAAGUGGGUCAAAACUAUGGGCGACUUCAUUUCCUUUGGAGACUCUACAACGCCAGGGAUAGAAAUCAACCUCCACGGGCAAGAUAACGACUGGCCCGAAGUCAAUCGAACCGAGAUUGAGACAUAUAUUGAAGACCUUCGAAAUAAGCACUCUUUGUCGAAUAUUGCAGAUGACCUGGCCCAGCAACUCAAGGACCUGGAUGCGCCAACUCGCCAGCAAAGGCGACGAGCAAAAGCGUUCAAGAACGGGAGUGUCUUCGACCUGAGUCGGAGUUCUAUGCUACUACGCGGCGACGACAUGGUUCGAAGUCUGCAAGAGGAGAAAGGGAAGUUGGAGGAGAGGCUCAGGGGAUCGGACAGUCGCAUUCGAAAGUUGGAAGAUCUUCUUCAUCGCCAGAGCCAUAUGAGUCGGCCCUCGAGCGGCAAUUUCGGACAUGAGUUCCCCCUCUCUCCCGCGUCGCCACACCCCGAUGCCCUCUCAAGGCGGUCUUCUGUCUCGUCGAGGCGUGUGUCGAUGACGCAGUCCCCCGAGGAUCGAGCUUUGGUCCAACGCAUCGUCUCCCUAGAAGCGGAGCUCAAUGUGGAGCGGGAGACAGUGCAACGACUUCAUAAAGAAGCCCACGCGGAGCGUCAGUCAAACUCUGACAAGUACCAAGAGGCCCAGUCCACAAAACAAGAUCUCAUUGGGAACCUCGAAGCCCGACAACGCGAGUUUGAAGACGAGCGAAGAUAUCUGGAGGCAGAGGUCAAAAAGUUUCGACUGCGCACCGAAGAAGUGGAGGAAGAGCUGGAUAGACUUGUUGACGGUCGGGAGCACGAGAAGCAAGAGGUUGAUGAGCGGAUUCUUCAACUCGAGACUGAUCUGCAAACUGCUCAUGAGAAAUCUGCUGAGGCAACUCGCACGAUUGGUGAUCUCAACGAGCGGGUGGAAUCUCUGCAACAGAACGAACAGAGUCUGCAAGCGAAGAUUGAAGAUUUCGAACGUCAGCAUGGUGAAUGGACUCAAAAGGAUCAAGACCAUUACAAUGCUCUACACUCGGCCUUUAUGAAUCUGUCUCCUGGGGGCUCGGUUCCUAUCGACGUUCCUGGUAUCAUCAAAGCUAUUGAGGUACUAUCUGAAGGCCUGUCGAUCCAUGUAAAGAGUGCAGAAGAUAGUGCCGCGAAGUUGACGACCGAGAACAAGGCUCUGGAGGAGAGAAUAUCUCAGCUGGAAUAUGAGCUCGAGGGACGGUUGAAGGUUGCCGAUGACCGUGAGGCCCAAAUCAAUCGAUUGACGGAAGAACUUAAGAAAGAAAAGUCGGACCUGCACGUUGUCAAGGCUGAGCUGGACCAGGAGCGCUCCAAACUGAAUACAUUGCAGUCACAAGUUUCAGCUGGCGAAAGUGGUUCUGACGCGUUGCGAGAGCAGAUUGCGGAAGAAGAACGAAAGCAGGCCGACUUGGCGCGGAAACUAGCCGAUGCGGAGUCUCUAGCCCGGGAUCUGAAAUCCAAGGAGGCAGACUGGGAGAGGAAGGUCGAAGAAGCCUCCAAGGCAGAACAACACGCUGUGGCUAGACUGGAUGCCCGAGGCACCAAGUCUCAUGACCUGUCCAAGCAACUAUAUGCACAGGUUGAGAAACUUGAGCGUAUGCUAGAGCAGCUCGGCUUCGCAAUUAUCCAACAGGACGGUCGCUUGAUCGUCCAGCGUGCAUCCAAGCUCAGCGCCUCAUCUAGUCUGGGCGAAAGCAUUGCUCAAUCGGGUAUCGUCACGGCGAGACCAGACUCGGGCCUUCUAGGCUGGAUGCAUGCAGACACCCCUGAAGACGAGGAGGCCAGAUUCCAAUCCUUCAUGGAUAGCCUAAACCACUUUGAUGUUGCCGUCUUCGGAGAUGUGGUGGUCAAGCGUGUUAAGGAUAUCGAGAUAUUGGCCCGCAAGUGGCAGAAAGAGGCCAAGGGCUACCGCGAAAAGUAUCACCGAGUUCAAAGCGAAGCACAUGAGAAGAUUGCAUAUCGAUCCUUUAAGGAAGGAGAUCUUGCUCUGUUCCUCCCUACGCGCAACCAAGCCAUCCGCUCCUGGGCCGCCUUCAAUGUCGGUGCACCACACUAUUUCCUACGCGAGCAGGACUCCCAUAAACUCCAAACACGGGAUUGGCUACUCGCCCGUAUCAGCAAGAUCGAAGAGCGCGUCGUUGACCUAUCCAAGUCUUUGAAUGGUGUCGCUCCAGACCGCCGCUCUCUUGGUGACGCUAGCGACGGCGCCUCCAUUGACGAAAAUCCCUUCGAGCUAUCCGACGGCCUACGUUGGUACCUUCUGGAUGCCACGGAAGAAAAGCCCGGUGCCCCUGCGACACCUGGCAUUGCUAAGAGCACCGUUGCAUCCGCCCACGUCGACGCCAAAGGGAGCAUUCGUCUCAAGCGACCCACAGAGGAAAGCACCGUCGCCCAAACCUUGUCCAGAAGCCUCGAGAGCCGUCGCAACAGCUCAAACUCGAAACGAGGCACACCUACUCCCUCGCAGAAGGCCAACGACUCCUCCUCUGAUCUAGUCCGCCCUGCCGAAGCGGAUGCCGGCUCGCAGCCUCGCGAGUCAGCCCCGAUCUUCGACGAGGUGCGCCGUGACCUGCUCCUCGGCCCGUGA